AUGGAGUGCAGAAGAAAAGUGCUUGUUGUUGCAAUAAUUUUCACAGUUGCCUGCAACAAAGUGACCACACAGGAAACAAGACUACUGGAUUUUCUAAAUAGCACAGAUGUUGUAGAUGACCAGUACAAAGGAUGUCGUGAAGAGGCCAUGAAGAAGUUCAUCGAGUCAGACGUGUUAAAACGAGAACUAAAUAACAGUGAAGGAUUUCAGAAAGCGUGGAAUAAAAGUAUUGAGUGUUCAAAGAAAAUUCCUGGAGGAAGAAAAGAGCAUAGUGCUGCACUUUCAGUCUAUGUUAAUGGGGAUCACAAUUUAUUACAAACAGUGAACAAAGCAAUAGAGACAAUGGGUGGAAAUGUUAGCAUCUAUGAAAACCACUUCCACUUCAAGUCUCUUCAUUUCCUGCUGAUGGACUCCAUGAGGCUGCUGAAGCCAAAGGAGUGCAAGAACUUUUAUGUUCUUCUACGUGGUCAGCGGCAACCGAAAGGCUCCGCAGUGAGAUUUCCAAGUUUCACCUCAGCUUAUUCAGAUUAUGAAAAGCUAAAAAGUGAAAUUGAUCUGUAUGAGGAGGUCGUUUUAAAUCUCACUUCUUGCUUCUUUGUCAACCUAAAAGACUAUGUGUGCGGUCAAGAACAGGAUGAAAUACUCUUAUCUCCAGCAGAAGUUUUCACUGUGGAGGACAUAAAUAGCAAAGUUGUGGAGGCAGAUGACGAUUCUGAAUAUGUAGAAAUUGUUUUGAAACAUUCAAGACUUGAAAGCUUACACAACUGCUACAUCUUUUCACGGUCUCCUCCAGCUGUUGUCUCCAUCCUGUGGCUUGUAUCUGUGCUUUUGGCCUUAUCUUUGUUUUGUUUUUUAGCUGUUUAG